AUGACCACCAAUAUAUCACCGAUAUUCACUGGAUUGGAUGUUGAUAGUUAUAAACAAAAGAAUAUUGAACGAAUGAAUCGAAAAAGUGGCAUUGAAUUUUAUAGUAGUUGGAAGUCGAGAUCUCCACUAAAAUCAGGCGUUAAGGCGGGGCUGCUUCACAUUCUGAAAGCUCCCAUCUCUAAAAUGAUAGAUGCUAUUUAG